UGUCAUAUAACCUAUAAUUUGUACUAUGGUAGUGUGCAAAAUUGCUCGGUAUUUGUCGAUUGCAAAGGGAAAGGUAUGAAACAGUGAAACAGUCGAGUGCCUGUAAUUAUUUCUUAGCAAAGAGCACUUUUACUUUGAAGCCUUGAGAGAACAGACCUUUGGAAUUAUUUUAAGUUCAAGUUUAUUAUAAGUUACUAUGGCAGAUACUCAAGAAUCAUUACUUUUAAAAAUAAAAGAACAAGGUGAUCUUGUGAGAAAAUUGAAAGCUGCGAAAGAAUCAAGUGAAAAGGCUAAGAAGAAUAAUUUACAGUACAAUUUACCAGAGAUUGAGAAACAUUUACGUGAUUAUAGUUACAUUUGUGGGUAUACUCCCAGUUAUUGUGAUAUAGAAUUAAGGAAUGACUUAGGAAAGAAUAUAGAUUUUGAGAAAUAUAAAUCCAUCAAGAGGUGGUGGUACCAUAUGGGGAGUUUCAGUGACUUUGAAAUAUCAUUGUUACCUAGAUUGAGUCCUCCUAAAGUGUUGGAAAAAGUGAAAGAUGGGACCACAAUAGAUCAGCAGAUUCAAGAAGAAGUAGCUAAGCUAUUAGCAUUGAAAUCUCAGUUGGCUCCAGCUGAAGAUGCAGGGCCUCAGAAAUUCACCCUUAAGACUCCUAAGGGUACACGGGAUUAUAACCCUCAACAGAUGAGCAUAAGGAAUGGAGUCCUACAAAAGAUUAUUGCUGUAUUCAAGAGACACGGUGCUGAAUGUAUUGACACACCUGUCUUUGAACUGAAGGAAGUAUUAACUGGAAAGUAUGGUGAGGAUUCUAAACUGAUCUAUGACUUGAAAGACCAAGGAGGUGAGAUUCUGUCUCUGAGGUAUGAUUUGACGGUACCACUCGCGCGAUACUUGGCAAUGAAUAAGAUCAAUACUCUGAAGAGAUACCACAUUGCUAAGGUUUACCGUCGAGACAAUCCUGCGAUGACCAGAGGCAGAUACAGGGAGUUCUACCAAUGCGAUUUCGACAUAGCAGGCCAGUAUGACCCCAUGGUGCCUGACGCGGAAUGCCUAAAGGUAGUGACUGAGAUAUUGGAUGCCCUUGAGAUCGGCUCGUACGUUUUGAAAGUAAAUCACCGGCGGUUACUGGACGGCAUGUUCGAAGCUUGCGGAGUUCCUGCUGACAAGUUUAGAACUACUUGCUCUACUGUUGAUAAGUUAGAUAAGUCGCCAUGGGAAGAGGUGAGGACAGAAAUGAUAAAUGAGAAAGGCAUAUCGCCGGACGCUGCAGACAGAAUAGGCGAGUAUGUACGUCUGAACGGAGGCGUAGAAUUGGCUGACAAACUCCUUACUGAUGAGAAACUCUCCAAGACUAAAGCAGCAGUAGAAGGUCUGCAAGGGAUCAAACUGCUACUGGAGUACUGCAGCCUCUUUGGUAUUCAAGAUAAGAUAUUGUUUGAUCUCAGUCUGGCUAGAGGCUUGGAUUAUUAUACUGGUGUUAUAUACGAAGCUGUUUUGACACAGCCAAUUAAAAUCGGCAAUGAAGACCAGACUGUCGGAUCCAUCGCUGGCGGUGGCCGAUACGAUAACCUUGUUGGCAUGUUCGACUCGAAACACAAACAGGUACCAUGCGUAGGAGUCAGUAUCGGCGUUGAGCGUAUAUUCUCAGUGUUGGAAGCUAAACUCGCCGCGGGAGACAUUACUGUGCGCACGAGUGAAGUUGACGUGUAUGUUGCGUCUGCGCAGAAGAACUUCCUUGAAGAGCGUAUGAAGAUUUGUGCUGAGCUGUGGAAUGCUGGAAUAAAGACCGAGCAGUCCUACAAGAAGAACCCUAAAAUGUUGAAUCAGCUUCAGCACUGCGAAGAGAACGGCAUCCCUCUCGCAGUUGUAUUGGGCGAGUCGGAACUCAAACGAGGAGUGGUCAAAGUACGGAACAUCACUACAAGACAAGAGGACGAAGUACCUAGGGACAAACUCGUUGAAGAUCUUAAGACUAGAAUUGCUGCACUAAGUGUUAAAGAACUCAACGGAUCAGCGUAACUUGACUUUAAUACAAUAUAUUUGGGGUAUUUAAAGUAAUGUUCACUUGUGUUAUUGCAAAUGUGACUUUAUGUCAAAUGAUAUAAGGUUUAUUUUGUUGUAUAUGUAAGUGAAUGGUGGUUUAAAUAUGUCAUAGUGUUACAGUUCAACCUGUAUUCUAAAUUAUAACUAAUUUUAGAGUGUUGGUAUUUAAGAAUGUGUCACAAGACUGUUUCUAGUUCAUCUUCUAUAGAAGUUCUAUUAAUCUUUAUUUUCUAAAGAAACUAUCCGAUGUAGGAGCGCCUUGUACACUGUACUUUCUUACUAACCAAUAUAAGCCGUUGAUUUUGGGUUAAUUUUAUUUGAAACAUCAUUAUAAUUUCAGUUAUACAUGCUGUCAAUGUUUAAAUGAGAACACUCUGUUUAUAAAUAAUGGUUAUACACUUAAUAUCCCCCUUUGUCCCAAUGCUACCAGAGUUUAUACAGCUGCACAUCAAAGAUGUCUUUAGACAGCAAAUUAACUCGCUUUUAAAUAACUUCCAAUAACAAUCAUUCAGUCUGAUUGACUUGCAGACAUAUCUUGCUACAUUAACUGCAUUUUGUACUUUAUUCCGAUACUAUUUGAGUAUAAAUUACAAUGCAUUUGGAUGCGUUAUUUUUAUUAAAAAUAUGAAUUGUACUUACCUACUCAAUAAAUUGGCGUUAAAAGGUAUUAACUACUAAAUGUGAAGUGAUUUUUAUUUUUAUUUUACUGUUAUAAGUAUCAAAAAAUGUCUUGCAUUUUUCCUUUAUACUUUUACGAUUUUAAAUAUUUAAAAUGUUAAGUUCUUCUUAGUAUUUUAAACAAUUUUAGUAAUUUAUUGUAGUGACAAAAUUCUUAGUUUAAAAUCCCUAAAUAGAGUACGCAUCAGUCCAUUUUUGUAUAUGUGUGAGUUACAAUAUUCGUUUUAAUAAAUUAUAAACAAAA